AUGUUAACUCUACAACAGAGUAUUCAAGGAAUCAGCAAGAUCACAGAAGGAUACAACCCAGCAACAUGGAUGCUUGAAGUCUCAACCACUUCUCAAGAAGCUGCUUUAGGAGUUGACUUCGCCCAACUCUACAAAAACUCAGACCUUUAUAAGUACGAGAAACAAAGAGCUUAUCAAGGAGCUAAGCCAACCAGCUCCAGGAUCAAAACUCAAAAGAUCUGUAUUUCCCAAAUGUACGGAUCGUUUUUGACUUUCACCUUCUACGGUAUGAUGGCUGUGGCCAUGACGCCUAAUCACCACAUGGCCUCCGUCGUCUUCUCCGCUUUCUACGGCAUCUGGAAUCUCUUUUCCGGCUUUCUCCUCCCUCGUCCUUUCGGUGAUAUUACGCAACCAAUGGCAGAUGGUACGAGUGUAAAGCAGUUUAGUAGAGACUUGAUCUAUGGAUUCAGAGAAGGUUUCUUGGGAGUUGUGGCCGCCAUGAACGUCAUCUUCCCGUUGGCAUUUGCUAUCAUCUUUGCUGUUGGAAUCAAGACUUUCAAUUUCCAAAAGCGAUGA